AUGGCAGACUCAUCCAAACAACGACCAUCACACGAUCAGGUACUCUCGAUCUUAGACGACCUCGACUCAUUCGCACCAGUCCCAACAACAAACAACCCAACAACAACAACAACAACAACAACAGCAACAAAAACAACAACAACAGCUCAGACCAACAACAACUCAAACAACAAAUACCUCAAAACCAAGACCAACAAUAACCAGUCAUCAUCAGCAUCAACUAACACGGCGAACACCACUCCCGGCAACAUAAGCAAGCCUAAUCAGCCAGCCAGUAACUCCGGGGAUGCACAGAGUGUCUUGGACUUCAUCGACGAAAUCACCCAGCGUAGUUCCACCCCCACGGCCUCGAUCACCACGAAGAAACUGAGUUCCAGUCGGCCGGUCUCACGCAAGCCAUCCACCUCGUCCCUCGGCCCACGCUCCGCGGAUGGCCGUCUCACCGAACCCGAGCCAGCCACGACUGCCACCAGUCCUCUGAUCUCACCGGCAGCCCCAGCCUCCUCAUCCUGGGGCUGGGGCUCCGUGCUCAAACAGGCCACCUCGUCCGUCUUGAGUCAGGCUAAGUCCGCCGCCGGACAGGUCCAAUCCGUCGUCUCUGACCCCUCCAAAUCAUCCGAAAUCGUCAAGAGCUUCAACUCUAACUUGCAGAACCAACUCAGUGGUCAGAGUGAAGCUGCCAAGAAAUGGAAGGAGGGGGUCAUGGGUUAUGUCAAGGCUAGCGGGAUCGAUCAAUUAGGCAAGGACUUACAGGCCACUGGAAUCAAGUCUUUGACGGAUAUCAUGAACAUGGUCGCACCACCGAUCUCGAAGCACGAGAUUAUUGAUGUCCAACUAUCCUACGAUAUGGUCGGCUACGACGGAAUCGAGACCUUAGUCUAUCGUUCUCUCUCCAAGGUCAUGGAACAAGUUGAUGGGGGCGAGUUGAUCCUCAACAAGGGAGACGAGGAACGACCUAAACCAUCGGAAUCCGGCGAACCUGAACGCGACCUGCAAGCGGUUGAAGGGAUGAUGGAAGGCUACAAGCUGGCAUUGGCCAAUCUCGAGCAGAUGAUUAAGCGGAUCGAAGCCAAGAAAGCCGAUGUCGAUCCCGCGAAGACGGAGGGAUCAUCGGAGCGGACCGAGCCGACAGAAGAGCCCGGUCUUCCGAUCACCCACUGUCCAGUCUACGUGCGCAUCCAGCCAAUUCUCUCCCGUCUGCCCGUCUUCGGUUCAUCGGUAGGCCCCGUGUCGAUGGGCCCGGGCGCGAUGAUCGAGCCCGCUAAGGGCGGGGUCACCGUAGACCAAGAGAACCAUCUCUUCUUCUUGAUCCUCCUCAGGGACGUCAAGAACUCCCUCGAUCAUGCUACCGUCACUCAAGCUACUCCCGCCGUUUGGCUCGAUAUUCCGUUCGAGGAAAACGAAUGGGUCGAGGAUGUCUUGGUUGAUGUAAUCAGACGUGGUGUCGAAAUCAUUGGACAACAGUAUGUGAACGGAAGGAUCAGUGGUCGAUCGGUCCGAAAUACCGUCAAUGAAGAAGAUCAACAACCAAAACAAGAACCCUCCUCAUCUUCGUCCUCUAAACCUGCUCCUUCUUCUACAUCUAAAGCUGAAGAAACACCCUCAAGCUGAUCAUCACCUUAUCUUCUCUCUUGUUUUUUGUUUUGAACAUGUUUUUAUUUAGCGGAGAAAGAAAAGAGCAGCUUUGAUUUGAUUUGGUUUUUAUUUUUUUAGUUUUUCUGUGUCAUGUUAUGACUUUUCUUACUUUGGUGUAGAACCAUAAUUUCAACAUAUUGGUAUUUUUUCGUAAAAAAACAACAAUACUAAAAAUUGUAAUUGUACUCUACUAUCCUGGCUCAUAAGUGAUUAAAUUUAUUUUAAAAUUUAUACAAGUUCAUUUUUGAUGGGA